AUGGAAAUUGGAGGAAAAGGUUCUGUGUAUGGGAAUUUAGGAAAUCAUUCUUCCUUUUCCCAACCAAAACCUCCAUUAACGGCCAUAGAAAAGUUCUUGUCAUCUCAGGACAGUUUUUCUUACCAGAAAAGCUUAACUUCUGUGCAAAACCACUCACCCUUUUUUCCUCCAAACCUGUUUUCUGGGUUUUCUUCAAGUUUUUCUGCAAAUAAAUUUCCUGAAACAGGCUUUGUGAAUGUGAUUCUCCCUUAUGCAGAGGUGACCUGGAAUCAAGAUGAUGUUAUUGGAAAUUCAAAUGAAGUGAAAUUGGCAAGUGAAAGUUUUGAUCCAAGAGAAAGGAGAGAGAAAGGCCAGUCCAAUGGCUAUUUGAUCAAGGGUCAGUGGACAGAAGAAGAAGACGGGAAAUUGACAAAGUUAGUAAUGCAAUAUGGUUCAAAAAAUUGGGCUGUGAUAGCUGAGAAAAUGGUGGAGAGAGCCGGUAAACAGUGUCGUGAGCGAUGGCUUAAUCAUUUGCGUCCUGAUAUCAAGAAAGACGUUUGGAGUGAAGAGGAAGAAAGGCUGUUAAUCGAAGUCCACAAGAAGAUAGGAAACAAAUGGGCAGAGAUUGCCAAACACAUCCCCGGAAGAACUGAAAAUUCGAUAAAGAACCACUGGAAUGCGACUAAAAGAAGACAGAUUUCAAGGAGAAAAAUCAAGAAACCAAGAGGGGUAAAUGGAAAACGACAAUCAACCCUAUUACAAGAUUACAUUCUGAACAAGUAUUUCAACAACGGUUCUGGCUCUACAUCCACCUCCACCACCUCAGAUGCAGCCACCACCUGUGCCGCCACCAUUACUCCUCCCAGCUCCACCGUGGCCGAGGCAGAGGGCCAGUCUUUUUUCUCUUUCGAAACAUGUGAGGAGGAAAUGGACUUCAUGAAGAACCUAUUUGGAAACAAUGAUUUAUCCAGCAAUGCUUCGAUCGUGGAUAAUGGCAAAGCCGUGCUGUACCCUUCUUCUGCAUCAGAAACAAACACACAGAUUAAUCAAGAUGCAUUUCUUUAUCCCAAUAUGUUGGAUGCAGCCGUUGGCCUCAGUAUGAACCUGCCAAUGAAUCAAGGCCACUCCUUUGUUGGCACAAUGGAAGGGGAUUUAAUGGGAAUGGUUCCAUCCUUCCAGUUCUCUCAUCCUGGGGCUAAUCAAUAA